AUGGCUGGAAACACGAGAGGCCAGACGAGCCUUCAGCAAACCGCUCCUCCUCCUCAGCCUGAUAACACUGCAAUCUCAGCACUCUCAACACAAAUGGCACAAAUGAAUACACAGAUGACGGCAAUGAUGAAUGCUAUGAACGUACGAAUGGAAGCAUUAGAAGCGAGAUCCAGAUCGCCUACACCAACUCCGCAAACAGCUCCCCAGCCUGAGACCAUUCCGCCCGAGGCAGAUAAGCGAUGGAGGCCUAAGGAAGUAGGCUACUUUGACGGCACCGGUGAUGUAUAUGCCUUCACUGAUCGACUGAGAAGCACGGCGUCGCAAAAAGGAGUCAAAUUGGUGCAGACAAAUUUGGUCUCAGUGUUGAAAUUGACGGCCUUCAACUGGUACCAAUACGAAGUACUGGAUAACACCAAAGGCGUUUACAACUUGAAUCUUUCAAUUAAACCAUGGUGCACCGCGCUCAUUGAACGAUUUAGCCCCACUCAUUCCGAGCUAAUGACUCAAUUGGAGGCAUGUCAGUAUACGAGAAAGGAUGCGGCCGAAAAGAAAGAUGCUACGGCCUACAUUCAAGACGUCAUGCGAAUCACCAAAGGCCUUAACUGGGUUCAGAAAGACGGCCUUAUGACUGCAUUCCACCAUUUCGAAGCAGGCCUACAGCGAGACUUGAAUCCACCAAAUGCGGGCCUCACGGAGAUCAGCGUCGGAGUGUCUUCUCUCUCUCAGCUUGCCAGUAGCGCCCUCCUUUCUAGCCGUUACUCCGAUAGAAGUACAUUCGCUGGAAGGAUAUAG